UCGGAGGAUAUUUUUUAUUCCGACCGUGAUAAAUAUUUAAUUACGGAAUAUGAUGAAUUUAACAUUUUUAUUUGUUGUAAGCAGAGGCGUAAAAAAGGUGUUGGUUUUAAUGAUGUUGAACGUGUUGCCGGGUUUAUGAGCAGUUAUCAUCCCGAUAAUAUUGGUGUAAUUGUAACUAACAAAAAUUAUUCAAAUAAUUCAUAUGAUCAAGCUCCCAAAAUGAAUGUAAUUAUCUGCCAUACGCAAAAUCUAAUUAUUAACAUCAUAGAAGAAGUUGAGCGUAAAAGGAAAAAAAUUGCCGAAAAUAAUGAUGAGCCGAAACAAAUACAUGUUGAGGUUGAAGUUGAAGUGGAAGAUGAUUAA